GGUCUGCUGCAGGACGUCGUAGAUCAAUGAACCGGACCGGAGGGUUGGUCCAUCGCUUCUGACUAUAGAUGUGUCACUAUACCUAUGCAGGACCGAGGCUUUAUUACUAUUAAUCUGCCCGUUCAGUAUGCGGAUGUGUUAAAGCGACUGGCUAUUUUAUAGGUUCCUCAUACGGUUUUGGAUUCCGUCUCUAGUGGCUCCUCGUUGCGAUUUUUUUUUUUUGGGGGGGAAAUAAAAUUUAUCCGUUAACCUCCAGGAUGAUCUUUGCAAACACAGGCAACCCGCUGAAGACAGCCAAUCGUAAGCAGUCCUACCCCAUGACUCCGUCCAGUCCCAGCAGCAGCAGCAACAGCAGCAGCACAGGCCUGGAGCAGCUCAGCAAAACUAACCUGUACAUCCGGGGCCUGCCUCCUGCUACUACAGACCUGGACCUGGUCAAACUCUGUCACCAGUAUGGCAAGAUUCAGUCAGCAAAGGCAAUCCUGGACAAAACAACCAACAAAUGUAAAGGUUACGGCUUUGUGGACUUUGACAGCCCGGCGGCUGCUUUAAAGGCUGUACAUGCUCUGAAAACCAGCGGCAUACAGGCCCAGAUGGCCAAGCAACAGGAGCAGGAUCCAACAAAUCUGUAUAUUUCCAACUUGCCUCUCUCUGUGGAUGAGAAAGAGUUGGAGAACAUGCUGCAGCCCUUUGGCCAGGUCGUCUCCACACGGAUCCUCCGGGACUACAGUGGCAACAGCCGAGGCGUGGGCUUCGCCAGGAUGGACACAACAGAGCAGUGUAAUGCAGUCAUCUCCCACUUCAAUGGAAAGUUUAUCAAGAUUGCUUCUGGUGCUCUGGCCCCCCCUCAGCCCUUGCUGUGUAAGUUUGCAGACAGUCAAAGGAAGAAACAUGCUCACAGCGGAUUUGUUCCCAAUGGACAGACAGGAGAUCUCAGACUAGGUGCAAUGACUCUUACCUAUGACCCCUCCUCAGCAGCUAUACAGAAUGGGUACUAUCCUUCUCCGUAUCCAGUGACCAACAGGAUAAUGGCGGUGCAGCCGGCGAUGUCUCCCUACAUGUCUCCAGUCUCUGCUUACCAGGUACAGAGUCAUUCUUGGGUGGCACAUCAACCAUAUAUCAUGCAACACCCGGCUGCUGUGAUGUCUCCCUCUGUGGAUCCCUCCAUGUCACUGCACCCCACGGCCAUGAUUACUCAGCAGAUGGGUCAGCUGUCAUUGGGAAACACUGGAGCGUAUAUCGCUGCCAACCCUGGUGUCCAGGGAGCUUACAUGCCCCAGUAUCCUCCCAUGCAGGCCCCACCUGAAAAUGGCACGCCGCAACAAGUGGAUUCUUCCAACAACUCAUCUCCUUACAGUCAGCUCAGCAAGUAAUCACAGGCUGUUUUACCCGCUCUGUGAGCCAGAGGGCAGGUGGGAAGUUGCUGAUGACAUCACAGUGAAAACACUCACCGCCUUCUCUGAUUGGACCAGACACAUGAACUUUUUUGCACAGCCCCGGCAUUUGUGGUGGAAAAUGAGGACAAGUGUAAAUGGACUCAAGCAGUUGGCUAAUCACAGAAAAAAAACAAGAUUUAUUUUGAUAAGAAACAACAUGCUCUUCUUUUUCUCUUUUUUCAUGGAUUCUCAAACCAAUACCAGAGGACCCCACCACCCCACCCCACCCCACCCUCCGCCCCUCUCUCUCCACCUUAGCUUCCCCCCUCUUCCCAUUACGAUGGGAUAUUAAAAUGCAUGAGAUUGAGAUAUUUCCCCCCUUCAAGGUUUCUAUGAUUUUAUAGUUUCCUUUAUUUGUGAUAUAUGAAAAACCUUGCAAAACGUUGUUUGCACUGAAGUUUAAAGUUUCAGAACAGUUUUCAAAGUGGCCACAGAGAAUCUUACGAAAUCAAUUUUAUGUUCAACUGCACUUGACAGCUGACACAGGUGAACAUUUCAUUAGGAAAUUAAUGAAUUUAUUAUUGGAAAAGGUGCCUUCCUUACGUCACAUCAAACAUUCUCCAACAUUUUUCAUCGAACUUGAUCAGGUGUCAUAUUUCUAUCAAAUGUGUGUAUGUGUGAAAUCAUGGAGAUUUCCAUUGAGUGUUUCGCUAUCUAGUCGUCUGGUAGCAAUAAAGACAAUGAGAGUCCCACGGCAAUACUGAGAAAAAAGAACGGUGGCAAACUCAGAGCAAGGUAAUUCUUAUUUUCCUCUUUCUCUUUUUUUUUUUUUUUUUUAACUUCAAGACAUGACAUGAAACAAGAGCCGUACUUUUAUGAAAUUACAUCUUUUAGGAGUGUUAUUGUUUUGUUUUGUUUUCUUUUGUGGUCAGUUUGACCGGUGAUCUACCUCAUGGUUCUGCUGGAGUCUGCUGGUGGUGUGGGGUUUGCAGGUAAAGCCUUUUUUCACCAGAGUGGAUGAAGCAGAACAAAAGCCACGCUCAGGAGCUGGCUGAAUAGGACUUUUCUCUUCCUAGCAUUUCUCUUCCUAAUUUUCAAAGAAACAUUGUGCUUUGCCUCAUCUUUAUUUGUCAUUGCUUCCGUUCUGGUGUUUGGGUUGUUCAGUUGUGAUGCUCCAUUUUAGAGAUUCAAAGUGAGACAACUACUAGCCUCUCCUUAAAGUAGUUGGUUUACAAUGUGUUUGAACCAAAUGAAUGCAGGCUUCAGGCAUUCAUUCGGUUCAAUCUUCUGCCUUUGUAAAGUGAUGACUCACCACUUUCCCUUACCUUUUGUCUUUUUCCUUUAAAAAAAA